AUGCAGCCAGACUGGGAGGGUAUGCAGCCCCGACUCGCCUCAAAGUACUGCAGAACAAGUAUUCGCAAGACACGUUGUCUUGGAGCCCCACAAUAUCCAGACUACGAGGAGGAAGUCCUGGAAGAUGACCCCAACAUCAUCACCAAAGGACAGAACUUCACGGUCAACUUGAGGGACAACGUCACCUUACCGUGCAAAGUCGACAAAAUCGGAACUCUGGUGCUGAUGUGGAAGAAGCAGCAGACGGUGCUGACGACCGGCCCCCUCAAGGUGACCCGCGACGCCCGGAUCAACGCCAAGGACGGCGGGCAGGAGCUCCACAUCAAGACCGUGCGGCCCGCAGACGCUGGGGAAUACACGUGUCAGCUCAGUUCCUGGACCCCCAAGAACAUCACUCAUCGGCUAUUCAUCAACGGUGAGAGCCCGAUGCCCUCGACAAUAAACGCACGUGAACGACCCGAGAAACUGGAUCUGCAGGAGACAAACACGGAAAGAAGCCGCGUGACACCCGAAUCCCCCUCCGCGUUAUAA